AUGUCCGCUACAUUGGGGAAAAGAAAACGAGAAGUCGUCGUUGCCGCUCGCGACACCCGACGCGGCACCGACAGCGACAAUGAACAGCCGACCGCACACACAACCCUCUCCGACGUUGAGCGAGAUAUAUUCAGGAAAUACUUCGAGUCCACCUUUGAACCUUUGCCCGAGUCUCACGCACCGACUCCUUCGUUGCUGGAAGACGAGGAAAAUGCCCGUGACUUUUCAGAUGAGGAAGACGUGGAGUGGGAAGGUCUCUCAGAGCCUGAACAAGAGAAUACGACAGUGGAGAUUAUCGAGCAUCGGACAUUCACGACGGACGGCACAGAAGAGGCUGAACUACAGCGCAAGCAAUUCAAGACGUUCAUGACUUCGGCGCCCCCUAAGAACGUCGAGCAAAUGCCACCGAAAAAACCCGACAAACAGGCAGACCAGGAGGAUUUAUCCGAGGAACUUAAUCUGAAACAUGAUCUCGACCUUCAGCGCCUUCUCAAGGAAUCGCAUCUGUUAGAGGAAGCGAAGACAGCAUCCACGCCGGGGAGACACCGACAUAAGGCCGUGGACAUGCGGCUACAGUCACUGGGAUCAAAGGGGUCGAUUUUUCAUCAAGAGAAAAUGCCCCUGACCCACCGGAGGGGAAUCACUGCCAAAGCGGCAACUCGGGAAGGAGUGCGAAGAAGGGAGGCACGAGAGAAUGGUAUCAUCCUCGAGAGACCCACGAUGAAGUCAAAAUCUAGCCCAGCUCGGAGAGAGCGUGGAGUAGAUGUGCCUGCAGUGGGCAGAUUCCAAGGAGGCACUCUGAAACUGAGCAAGAGAGACAUCGUCGACAUCCAAGGCCCGAGUCGUCCUGGCGGUCGAGGAAAGAGAGGCCGACGUUAG